AUGGCCACAGCAUCACCUCCACUUUUGAAGGACAGUGUGAUAAAUACAGAUCAUCAACAACAGGAAAAAGAGCAGCAGGAAUUUCUGAGGUCACCCGAGAACAUCCUACUCACCAUUGCACUGUCCAUCAUAAUUAUCAUGACUGUGUUUGGAAACCUGCUGGUCAUGGUAGCACUCUGCAAGGAUCGGCAUCUACGGAAGAAAAAGACCAACUACUUUAUUGUGUCGCUGGCAUUUGCUGACUUGUUGGUGGCGUUGGUGGUGAUGCCCUUUGCCGCCAUCGAGCUGACCACCGGCGUGUGGAAAUAUGGCGAGAUUUUCUGUCUGGUGCGAACAUCGCUGGAUGUCCUUUUGACCACUGCAUCCAUCCUGCAUCUGUGCUGCAUUGCACUAGACAGGUAUUACGCUAUCUGUUGCCAGCCCCUAGUGUACAGACACAAGAUGACCCCUCUCCGAGUGGCGGUUAUGCUCGGCGGGUGCUGGCUCAUCCCCACGUUCAUUUCCUUCCUACCUAUCAUGCAGAGCUGGAACGCCAUUGGCAUCGAGGAUAUAAUACAACAGAGACGGGCCUCGCCAAGUGGCUCCAACGAGACAAGCUGCGUGUUUCUCGUUAAUCGGCCUUACGCGCUCAUCUGCUCCACGGUGGCCUUCUAUGUGCCGCUGGCACUUAUGGCCCUGGCCUACCAACGCAUCUACGUGACCGCCAUGAGCCACGUGCGGCAGAUCGAGACCCUACAUCGUGCCGGCUCCACUCCGGUCACCGGGACGUCGGGCCCUAUCAUUACCGCGCGCUCGUCCACGUGCUCUGACCCAGAGGACCACUAUCACCUUAGGGCGGCCGAGGGAGACUUCUUCCCAGAGCCGGCUCCAGUAGCCAACAGCCGCAUGCGCGUUGAGACAAAGGCGGCAAAGACCCUUGCCGUCAUUAUGGGUUGUUUCUGCUUGUGCUGGGCGCCAUUCUUCAUCACCAAUGUGGUGGACCCUUUCAUCCAUUACUCUGUGCCCUGGCAGCUAUGGACAACAUGGUUGUGGCUCGGCUACAUUAACUCUGGACUUAAUCCAUUCCUAUACGCCUUCCUUAACCGAGCAUUUCGGAGGGCCUUUCUAGUGAUUCUCUGUUGUGGGGAUGAACGCUUUGUACGGCAGGGAAGCUACUCCUAUGGACCUACCCACAGAGUGUGCUCACCAACAUCAGUCAAUGGGACAUCCAUGGCAUUGAGAUUGUCCUUCCUGCCAAAUCGAAGCUACUGUGACAACAGAAGAAACAUCCUUGCCAACGAGCAGGAGUCCCAGGAUUCGCUUGGACCUCUAUGA